CCAUCCAUCCAUAUCUCUCUCUCUCUCUCUCUCUCAAAAGAGAAAUGACAGAAAGAAAAGAAAACAUAGUGAUGUUCCCAUUCAUGGCACAAGGCCAUAUCAUCCCUUUCUUAGCAUUAGCACUUGAGUUAGAAAAGAAAAAUGGAUACACCAUCACCUUUGUGAACACUCGACUCAACAUCAAGAAACUCCGCCCUUCGAUCCCUCCAAACUCAUCCAUUCGCCUCCUUGAAAUCCCAUUCAACAGCUCCGACCACGGCCUCCCUCCGGAUUCCGAAAACACCGACUCUCUCCCUCUCCCUCUCCUCCUUCACCUCAUCGUCAUCUCUCCCGCUCUCGAGACUGCCUUCCGAGACCUCAUCUCCGGCCUCGUCCUCGAACAUGGCCGCCCACCACUUUGCAUUAUUUCUGACAUGUUCUUCGGAUGGUCUGCCAAAGUUGCUCAUGAAUUCAGUGCAUUUCAUGCUAUAUUCAAUGCUGGUGGGGGCUAUGGCAUGGCUGCUUUUCACUCUUUAUGGCUACACCUUCCUUACAAGACAGUGAAUUCCGAGGAGUUUCCUUUGCCGGGCUUCCCCAAAGGUCACCGGAUUCACACCAAACAGUUACCAGAACAUUUUCAAGUAGCAAUGCCCGGUGAUUCAUGGUGCUCAUUUUCACAAGAUAUGUUUCGAGAUUGGUUCGAGAGUGAUGGGAUUUUGUUCAACACCAUAGAGGAGAUUGACCAUGUUGGGAUGGAGUAUUUUAGGCAGCAAAUUGGCUGUUCCGUGUGGUCAGUUGGGCCUAUUCUGUCUUCCUUGGGAAGCAAAGCUCGUGCUGGUGAUGACGCUGAAGCCACAAUGCAUCUUUGCAUGAAAUGGCUUGAUUCGAAGCCUGCAAAUUCAGUUCUUUAUGUGGCGUUUGGGUCACAAAGUGCACCAUCACCAUCACAAACAAUCCAGUUGGCCAUGGCUUUGGAAGCUUGUGGCAAAAAUUUCAUUUGGGUCGUUAGGCCACCAUCGAACUCAGUCACAGAUCAUGACCAUAAUGAUGGAGAAUGGUUUCCGAGAGGCUUUGAGAGGCGUAUUCAAGAUAGCAACAAAGGGCUGCUAGUGCAACAAUGGGCACCCCAGUUGGAAAUUCUGUCCCAUAAAUCUCUCUGUGUGUUUUUAACCCACUGUGGAUGGAACUCAGUGAAAUUUUUUGUUUUCUUGUGUAGUGCUUACUGCUUAAGAUAA